AUGGCCACCACCGCCCGCUCGCCCGCGCACCUCCGCUCCCUCUACCGCUCCCUCCUCCGCGAGCUUCCCCCGCGACCCAUCCUCAAAGCCCCCCGCUCGCCGCUGCACGCUCACCUGCGCGGCACGUUUGCCGGCCGCGACGCUUCCGCCUCCCCCUCCUCCUCGACGCCACAAUCAUCAUCGUCGUCAGUGCCAGCGCAUCCCCAGCACAGCCAGGCCCACGCCGAGGCCGAGCAGCUCGUCGCGUACCUGCGCUCCCAGCGCCAGUACGUCGCCCUCAUCGAGCGCUACAACCCGGGCAUGGACAUGGACGAGGAGGAGCGCGUGCGCCUCACCGCCCGCCGCGUCGGCAUGGACCUGCCCGUCGGGUACGCCGCGGACGGCGGCGCCGGCGAGAAAUGA